ACUUAUAAGUUGCGACUUGCGAUGCAAAAUUGAAAUAGAAAUCUUGAAUGUUUUAAUUUUAUGAGUAGUUGUGAAUUGUGAUCAUAUUUUUUAAUUAAUUAAUAACUUCUAAUAGUCAGUGUUUGUAGUAGAAUCACAAAUAACUUAAAAUAUCUAAGAAGAAGGCUAAUCCAUUUAUAAUGGCUGGAAUCAAAGGACUAGUGUCUUUAGCAUUUGCUGGAUCAAUUGGAAUGACAUUUGUCAUAUUAGCAUGUGCCUUACCACAGUACAAAUUAUGGUGGCCAUUCUUUGUUGUGUUGUUUUACAUCCUUUCCCCAAUACCAACUAUGAUAGCCCGCCGUAGUGGUGACAGCGCAGGAGGCAACAACUCACCUUGCAUGGAAGCUUCUGUUUUUAUCACAAUGGGAAUUCUAGUCAGCUCCUUUGCUCUGCCCAUUGUAUUGGCUCGAGCAGGAGUGAUCUUAUGGGGAGCAUGUUACCUAACUCUAGCUGGCAAUGUAAUAGUAUUUCUCACUAUUCUCGGUUUCUUCACAAUCUUUGAUAUGGAUGAUUCAGAUUAUGCAAUGUGGUGAGAAAUCUAGAAACCAACAUAUAUGUUGCAAAGAGACAUUGAACUUGGCGGAUUUUUGUAUAAGCUACUAAUUAUAUGUUGUGUUAAUAUGUUAAUUUAAGUCUGAAUUAUGAUACUGAUGUUAGUAUGUAGCCUUAUAUUUUUCUUCCGUAUUAGUAUUUAAAAAAAUUGUUGUAUCCACAUAAUUUAUGAAUAAGAAUGUUAAAAUUUGAGAUUCGCGUCACUUAAUUAGAAUAAGAAACGAAUACCUGUGUAUUUUUUUACAAGCUUAGAAUAACAUUCAUAUUAUUACGAAUAGUAUGAAACAAAAAAAAAUCCCUAUAAAUUAAAUGUUUAUGGCUUAUAUAGCUUUAAAAUCUUUAAAUAAAAUAAUUAACAAUAUAAUAUAAACUGAGAGCAUGUACUCAGUGAAACCUGCUUCUAUAUAAAUAAUGGCUUAUUUUAUUCACACUAUAUUACAAAAGAUAAAUAAUACAAGUUGUAUGACGGUAUGGUGUUUAUCAAAGCAUUUAACAAAAAGUCUGGAAACAUAUUGUAGAUCAUUGUCUUUUGCUAUCAUUAUUAAUCAAAAUGUAUAACAUUAUAUAAAUUUUUAAUACACUUGUGAGUUGUGACUAACAACUUUGCUCAUUGUAACAGGAUCAAGCACCACCCGAACAUCCCUUUUUUUGCAUAAUACAGCAAUUAAUUUCAUAAUUAUAAACAUACUCAUUAGAAAUAUAUAACACACUAACAGACUAUCAAUAUGAGACAAAUAGUUACAACAGCAGCUAACCAAUUGUGCAACUAUCAAAAUAUUAAUUCUUUUGUUAAUAAUCAAUGUGUUACUUUUAUUUUUAAAUCUUUUGAUAUUGAUAAUUUCAGAUACCUAAUUAGAAGCGGUGGUAAUAUUCUACAAGACUCGGCUUAUCAGAGCCAACUACUGAAUAUAAUAAACAUAGGUUGAUUAUAAAAUCUUAAGGUGAUAAAAUUACUUUCUUUAAAUACCCACUUUAUAUUAAGAUUUAAAAACUAAUAACAAUGUACAUAAUUAUUAUUAGCGAUUGUCUAAUAAUGGUGAAGGCUAUGAAACUGUCUAGCUACAGGAAAUAGUUAUCAAUUCGGUGAUGUAAAAUAAUUAAUGUUUAAUUAAAUGUGGAAAUUAAUUUUGCUUGUAAAAUUAUUACAUUCCUAUCUGGACUAGUUUGUAAAUAAUUAUGGUAAUUAAAACCGGGUCACAAUAAACAUUGUACUGAAUGCUUGUAA